GCGGGCUCCGCGCUUCCGGUUCCGGCGGGGCGGAGCGGCGGUAGCGGUUCCGGUUCCGGCGGCGGCGGCAUGGCGCGGAGCACGCUCUCGUCCCGCUUCCGGCGACUCGACAUCGACCAGUACGACGAGAACCGCUUCGUGGAGGAGCCCGAGGAGGCGGCGGCGGCCGAGACCGACGCGAGCCCCGAGGUGGAGGCGCUGCUGAGGCAGGGCGAAGCGCUGCGCGCACUCCACGCGGCCCUGCGGAGCGCCCCCGCGCAGACGCGCAGCGCGGCCCUGAAGGAGCAGGCACAGGGAACCAUGCUCAGAGUCCUCACGUCUUUUAAAAGCAGUGAAAUUGAACAAGCAGUGAACUCCUUAGACAGAAACGGCAUUGACUUGUUAAUGAAGUAUAUUUAUAAAGGAUUUGAAAAGCCAACAGAAAAUAGCAGUGCAGUAUUACUCCAAUGGCAUGAAAAGGCACUAGCAGUAGGUGGACUAGGUUCCAUAGUAAGAGUUCUUACAGCAAGAAAGACUGUUUAAAGACUACUAACUCGAACCAAGACGACCAUCAGUUUUGGACCCAGAAGAAGGAAUAGCUGAAGUGACGCUGGUCCCUCUUGAUUAGAGAUUACAAUCUACUGAAAUACUACGGAAACCUCCUCUUGGACUGCUUUUAACCUUAAAGGUGGGGAAAGAGUAAAGGUAUUCCUGUAUAUUCUGACUAUCCCAUACAGGAGCCAAGACGUUCUCCUGAUUGCUUCUUUUACGGCAGAGAGAAGGCAAACUCCUGCCUCCUACUACUGAACGUGAGCAGGUAUUUUCAGAUGCUGCUUUAUCAAAGUGUGGUGAUACAAGAUCCUGUCUGUACUGCUUAUUUAAGAGGGAGCUAUGGUCUCAGCAGAUGCAAGAUUCUGACAGCUUAUGAAUGGGAGAAGUGUUUAUUAGAAAGAUGAUUUUCUAUGUAUAUAUAUAUAUAUAUAUGGUCAGAGGACAGCUGGACUAUGGGGUUGGUUUCAUUGUAAAGUGCCUGCUGCAUCAAUAAAGUUCUUGGGUCAUAUAAGUUAA